AUGACUUUGUCUACUGUCGAUACUGCGGUGGACACGUUUGUAGCUGCGCAAAAUCCGAGCAGCGCGACAAACAAUCAGCAUCUUUGCGAGAAAUUUGGCUGCGGCGAGCAGGCACAUCGCAAGCACAAGACCAAAUCAAUACGACUUUUCAGGGUAAAAUCUAUGUACCUGUUCUACAACGGCUGGUACAUGUUGUGUGUACGUGUACGCGUUGUUGUGAGCUUUCUAAAUGCGAUGGAAAGGCAAGAUGUGCAUACGACGGCAGUACUUUGA